UCUCAUAUAGGCUGUUGACCUCUGCAAGCGUGAAGUCCGUGUACUUCUUGGUCGGUGUCUCCAGCGCCACUGUUAAUGUUCCAGUGCCCGUCUUUCGAUAUUGCUUUAAGAUGUCUCGAAACUGUAUGUCAUUGAUGGGGUGCUCCGUCCCUCCGCUCUCAUGUUGAGGAGUUCCACGAGCAUGGAUGACUGCCAAUACAGCGUCACCGUCUUCUCUGUCUGGAUAUUCGAGAUAGAUGGUCGUUAAAAGGUCCUUGAUCGUCGUCGUCUCGGUGUUCCUGGUCUCCGAUUCGGGGGUUUGUGUGGAUGCAGCUAGUCGAAACAACGAAAAUGGCCAGCAUGUUGUCUAGUGCCUGGCUUGACUCGCGCACGGACCACCGGGGCCAGAACAGGGAUUACUUCUUAGAGAGAACUCACAGUUCUGGCCCUUGGCUAAACAUCCAGCUGAGGAGAGGAGGAGGACAUACCUUUGGGGCGCUCGACAAUGAUGAACGUACAGUACUAUCGUCGCCAGCGCUCCCGGGGAAUAGCUUGGAAAGCUGUGUUCUUGGGUUGCUCAGCCUCUUCUUUUCCUUCAGGGCGUCGAGCAGGACGGGAAGCUCAUCUUCUGCAUCCUCGCCAAUGGGGACUGUGGCUCGCCAGAGCACCAGGUCGUUGGCGUCGAGGUGCCCGAGCAUGCCGGGCAUUUCACUCUUGAUUGCUUUUUUGAAUUCGCCGAUGGGGUAUCUUCACUGGAAACGCAUUCGAUGCCAGCUCGCCGCUGAUGAGACAGAAGAGGGUGAGUGUGGUGGCCAUGGAGGGAAUGAGGAUGGUGAGAUGUGAGUUGUCUGGACGGAGCAAAACAUGAGGUGAGGUGUAAGAUGGAACAAUGUGACCAUGGAGUAAAACGCGAAUUUGUUUGUUGAUGAAGCGAGUCGAAGGUAUAAACGCAAAUCAAUAA